AUGGAGAAGUGCACCAAGAAGGCAAGGCUGCAUGGCUGGUCUGAGGUUGACAAGGCUCGCAGCAGGCACACCAGCCUCAACAACAGCGUCCCUGUUGCCGUCGACCAGUUUAGGAAGAGCAUGCCGAACCAUGCGCCCAAGUGGACCUGCCUUGGCGUUGCCAUCCUAGCGACCCCAGGCAUGAGAUCGAGAUUGACUGCGAGGCAUACGGGCAUAUGCUAA